AGCUCAUGCUAAGUGGAAGAGGCGUUCACAGAGCAGCUCGGGACGGAAAGUGAGCCGUGUGGAAGAGGCGUCACUUUGCAGGGUUAUGCAGCUUACCUGGUGACGUGGCAAGGAUCAGUACUCCACGCUCCACCCGCUAUUACUGUGCGGAUGGGUUCCACUCUACUGGCCCUGGUCAGCCUCCUGGUGGUAGCAGCUCACUCAGACGAGGUGUACGUGAAACCUAAGGAAGCCUUCAUUUUCGGAGGAAACGGUCAGAUCGGUGCAGCAGUUGUACAGAUGCUACUAAAGCAGAACUACCAGAUAACAACACUAAACCGGGGGAGCGACUACUACAACUCCAGGAAUACUAAAUCCCCUAAAGUUACUGUGCUUGAGUGCGAUAGGUUCAAGGGACUUAAGAAGCAGUGUCCUGCUUUCAUGGAAUACCUUGCUGCUAAUGCACACGUAGACGUGGUUGUAGAUCUCAACGCCUUCACUACUAGAUACAUGAAGGAAUCCGCCGACCUUUUCAAAACUAUAAACGUAGGGGUAUACCUGUUUAUAAGUCCAGAUAAUGUGUACGAUGUAAGCAUAAAAAGACAUCACGGUCCGACUAAAGAAACAGACACAGAAAGACCUGUUGACAAGGAGGAGUACGAGACGUACGCUGAUGUGGACAGGUUCGGUCACUACAAACUGCUUGCGGAGGAAUAUCUCGCCUCCAGCGGACUAAACUAUCUCAUCUUUAGAGCCCCUGAUGUUAUCGGAGCGAGGGACACUUCGUCAAAGUUUUGGAUAUACCAUAUGUGGGUGAAGUAUUACGAAACCCUCAACACUCCAAUCCACAUGCCUUAUGAGAUCAAAGAGCUGGUAUCAAGUUAUGUCUAUCUGGACGAUGUUGUUCAGGCGUUUAAAAAAGGAAUAGAAUCAGAGGUACGAAAUGAAACUUUCAACAUAGCGUUCAAGGAGCCAGUUACCUUGACAACAUUGCUUCUGGAGAUAUCCCACGUGCUAGAAUCGCCUAUAAAGUUCAAUCAUGAAGUCACAACCGACAACUCCUAUCAUCUUUACCCAUCAUCAGCACGAGGACAGCUAGAUAUCAGCAAAGCGGAGUUUAUGCUUGACUUUAAACCAACAAAGCUUACCUCAGCCGUUAAAAAAACUGUUAACUAUUACGAACGUGCCCAAAAAUUGUUUGACAGUGAGCGGAGGAAAGUUAUGGAGGAGCUAUCCAACAACAUCGCUACUGAUCAAACAAGAGUUAAGUUCAUGAGUAUGGUAAUGGCUGAGGCGUUGUCAGGGAGACGAGAUGAACUCUGAGUUAUAAUGAACUAGUUCACCUAGCCAUGAGUCUACGCGUACUGCGUGACGCGCUUGUCUCACAAUCCUGUGCCGCCUUCGGCGGUCGCGCGCUACUGCAAGCGAGAGGGCUCUGAAUAGAGCAAAUGAACUAGCUGAGUUAUAAUGCUUAACUAAAUGCUAAACUAAAUUAUUGGGUUAUAUAUAUAUAUUUAUCAAGUUUAUAUACUUGGUAGUUUUCUUUUCGUAUCUCAGAGCUUGAUCACCGCCAAUCUCUUUUCAAAUCCUAAUCAAAUCUUGUGACUGGAACUUUCAAAAGAUAACCGAUAACGUAAAUUUUAUUAUUUUCCUUUUGGUUGUGAAUAUAACCAGCCAAACAUUUUGAAUCAAUUUGAAACAUGAGUUUAGUUGUUUUUUAUUUUUUAGGGAUGUAUUUUGUCUUGAAUUUUAUCAAUUUAUAAUUCACCAUGUUUCCUCGAAAGUUGAACUUGAAUCA